AUGCUAAAAUUUCAAACGACAGAUCAGUUUAAAACUCUCUCGUUCCUUUUACGCAAUCUUAUUGCCAAAAACGAAAGGAUCUUACUUGACCUAAGAGUCAGAUGUGACGGGGAACACAAAAAGUCAAGAAUAAAUAGACACCUAGACGACAAAAAGGCUAGGUCUUUAAAUAAAUCCUCAACAUACGCAGCCACAAACUUACAUUCACAGAAUGGUUCACCUAUUGCUUCUUAUCAAGAUAGUAAAAAGGAGGAACAGGAUAUUUCUCGUAAACGACAAAUAUCUGGUGUUGUGGCUUUUUAUGCGUACCUUAGUUCCACUGAGCCUUCCCCUAGUGUACAUCAUACAAUAAUAUUCGACUACGUCAAGACAAACACUGGAGAAGCUUAUAACCGCCACAAUGGAAUGUUCACAGCACCUGCUGAUGGAGUUUAUGUGUUCUCUUGGUCAACUUAUAGUCAACAACAUGGUGCGAUAUAUACUGAGAUGGUAGUAAACUCAGCUGUUAUUGGAAGUGCCCUUUCUGAUAGUAACAGUGUCAACAUAGUUGCUGCAGCUACUGGAAAUGUGGUGGUUGAAAUAUCCAGAAACGAUGUCGUAUAUAUCCGAACCAACUCUGUAAACCACGGAGCCGGUGAUAUCCUCAGUUUUGCACGGUAUCGCACCAGUUUUACUGGAUGGAAAUUGAGCUGA